AUGGAAAAAGAAUUGUUUAGUAGACUGAUGAAUAGCUGUUUUGAUCUUGGUUAUUUUAGCUUUGAAAAAGCCUUUUAUCUUCAACUAGAUGGGACAAGUAUGGGAGGACCAGCGAGCCCUGCGUUAGCGAAUUUCGUGAUGCAGUACGUUAUAGAGAAAGUGUCUGAAUUACUACCGUUUGUGGUAAAAUAUAUGAGAUUGUAUGUUGACGAUAUGUUUAUGACGAUCCCGAGGGAAGAAGUUGAUAACAUUCUUAACUACUUCAACAGCGUUGAUGACAAAAUUCAAUUCACGAUGGAGGUUGAAGUCAACGGUUGUCUUCUCUUCUUAGACGUUAUGGUGGUUAGGAGCAUGGAUGGUUGUCUUCGGACGAAUUGGUACACUAAGCCUACGAGUUCUGGGAGACUACUGAAUUUCAUGUCGAACCACCCAAUAUCUCAAAAAAUAUCUGUUGCUCUGGGCUUAUUGCAUCGGGCAAUUAAUCUCAGCCAUGACAGUUUUCAUGAAGAGAACAUAAAACGGGUAAAGCAGAUACUUAAAAAUAAUAACUAUCCACCUGAAUUUAUAGAUGUAUGUGUAAAUAAAUUCAAACAGAACCAGGAGAGAGUCAGAACAGCAGAGAACAAGUAUUUUUUCAAAUUUCCCUAUAUCAGAGGGUUAUCACAACAUAUCUCGAGGGCAUUUGUUGGUACUGAAUGGAAACCAGCAAACUAUAACAUCAAAACAGUUGGGAGUAUUCACACGAGACUGAAGAACAAAGUUAAUGAAGAUCUUAUGUCCGAGCUGGUUUAUGCUAUACCAUGUGAAUGUGGAAAGAAAUACGUGGGACAGACCAAACAGUACCUAAGAAAUAGAACUAAUCAACAUCGGUUGGAUUGUCGACCAGUGAACAUCUUGAAGAGUGAGCAGACGGCGUUAGCACGGCAUCACUUUGAUACUGGUCAUAAUUUCGACUUCAACAGUGUUUCUAUUUUAGACAGAGAAGACAAUUACCUUAAGAGAAGUGUUAGUGAGAUGGUGUUUAUUUAUUUGAAUGACACUGUUAAUCUGAAAACAGAUUUGAACAAUCUAAGUUACUUGUAUAAUGGUUUGUUGGACACCUUUAAGAAUGUGUCACGUCGCUAA